UUACCUUGCGCCGCUAACACGGUCAUGCGCCGGCUCCGUCUCACAUGAUGCGCUUCCGGUGUUGCAAGAUGGCGGUGUCCACCACUGACCAUCUUUCCGUCCAGCCCGGCGGCCGAUAUUGUCUUAUCAGUUGCGUUCCGGCCCAGCUUCGCUCCACCGAUCUCCGUUUCUACUUCAGCCAGUUCAUCGAGGCCGGUGGCUUCCUCUGCUUCCAUUACCGCCAUCGCCCUGAACGCAUAGAAGGUCCGAGCGCUCCUUCCCGGCCAGGCCCGACCUGCUGCUGCCUGGUGGCGGUGAAGCCCGGCUGGUCCCGCCGCUUGGUCCGUAUGUACUCGGGAAAGCGCUGGAUCGACGCGCAGGGAGAGACGUUGCCCGGCCGGUGCCUUAUACGAAGGGUUCGGGUUUCCUUUGACAAAGAUGCUGAAACGCUCUCCUAUAAGACUAAAAAGGAGCUCCGCACAUCCUCAAAUGAAACUUUCACUGAGGAUGAUUUAAAACGGCUUCCUGAACUAAACCCACCAUCUUUCAUGCCCUGUGGGAAUGUGGGAACUCCUUUGAGUGUCUUUUUAGAUCUCAUUAAAGCCUGCAGGAUGCCUUCUCGUGCUAUCAAGAAGCUGCAGUUGCAGUUUCCCAGAACUGGCUCUUCUCGCAGGUAUGGAAAUGUACCAUUUUCAUAUGAAGAAACCGAGACUAUUGUAGAAGAGGAACGAGUUUACACAGCUUCAGGAGAGGAGAUAACAGAAGGGGGAGACCUAUCAAGAGUGAGCACGGCCAAUCAAGGGAAUGGCAUGGCAGAGAGAUACUUGAAUGAUCCAGAGAGUGAAGCAGAAGCUCAGUUGGAUGAUGAUGACGAUGACAGAUGCGAAGAGUGGGAGCGGCACGAGGCUUUGCAUGAGGAUGUCACCAGCCAGGAGCGCACAAAGGAACGUUUGUUUGAGGAGGAGAUUGAACUGAAGUGGGAGAAGGGGGGCUCUGGGUUGGUCUUCUACACGGAUGCACAGUACUGGCAAGAAGAAGAAGAAGGAGAUUUUGAUGAGCAGACAGCGGACGACUGGGAUGUGGACAUGAGCAUCUACUAUGAUAAAGAUGGUGGUGACAAAGAUGCUCGGGAUUUGGUCAAGAUGCGGUUUGAGCGGAGACUCCGGGAUGGUUUGGAAGAUGGGUCUGUUCUGAGCCAACAAAUUGGAGACUUUGAAAAAUACACCAAGGGUAUCGGCAGGAAAGUGAUGGAGAGGCAAGGCUGGACUGAGGGUCUUGGGCUGGGAAGCAGCAACUCAGGGAUGACUGAAGCACUAGACAACGAAGGCCAGAAUCCCAAAUGCAAGAGGGGCUUGGGGUACCAUGGUGAGAAGCUCCAGACUUUCACCAAGCCCAAGAAGCCUCGUGGGGACAACAACAUCCUCAUCUCCACCAUCUAUGAUGACCCUUAUCCUGUGGAUGCAGAAGAGCAGCUGCUCCGGCGCCAGCUACCAAUCAGUAUGAAGCAUCGCCAAGAUGUGGCAUUUGGCCAUGCCAUGCCUGGUGUUCAUCACAGUUCCAGUUCCUCAGGAACGGGCUGCUGCUAGCCAGGAAUGACUUUUGGACUAUGUUGUAGCAACGUUUGCUUUUGCAAAUAAUUUUUUUUUAAUUAACAAAAGUUGCCAAAUAAAGGGCAAAAUGUUUAGUAUUUAUUAUGUAGUUUUUCAUCAAUAUGGGUGCAUCCUGGUGCUUAUAAGCUAAAUGAAAGGGUUCUUGCUAGUGUUUCUUUCGGGUUGCCGCAAGAUCCGUUCUGCAUUACAUCAUGCUUAGCUACCAAUGGCCUUUAUCAAGAAUAAUGUCCUCCUUGCUCCAUUGCUCUAAUGCAGAGAACCAUUCCUAGCAAGAAAUAGGAGAAGAAAGCAGUAUUUGUAGAGGGGGGGGGAGUAUGUUGUUGCUGUGGAGAAGAGAGAUUUAUUCAUCAUCCUGGAUGAAUAAAUACAGAAAUAUCCACAACUUGAUCAGUGGUGCAGUUUAAACCUUGCUGGACUGGGAGUAAUAAAAUAUUUCUUAGAACUUCUUCCAAGGAAUCAUACACAGUGUUUGCCAUUGUAUUGUCUCAACAACCCCAUGAGACCUUAGAAUCACUCCAAAAAUGAGAUCCAUAUUUGAGGGGUAAUUUGAGGUCAGGCCUGCCUGCUCCAGGUCUGUGCUGGGUGGUGUUUAGCAUCCUAAAGCCACCAUGGAUAACUUUAAUGGGUUUUUAUGGUUUAUCCUGCUCUUCAAGUUCCUCAAAGUGGAGUGUGUGAUGUGUUCUGCUGCUCUCAUUUUGUCCUUGCCAACAACCCUUUGGACUUCUAUGAAGAAAGUCAAGUUCUUCCAUACAGCACGUCUCACUACUAUGGAACAUGAUCUAUGGAUCGGAUGCAUGUCAAUUCACCUUCCACUAAUCAGUGCAUUUCUGUGUUUUUCGAGUUCAGCCUUGAACCAAUUGCUCUGCAUGCCAGAGCUCAAGAUUCUCUGGCCGCCACACAUCUAUUAUGUCUAUCCCACUAACAUUUUGCACUUGCUCUUUGUUUGUGUGUGGAGAGGGGAACACACACCUGGUGCUAACUGGUGAAUAAAUAAAACAUUCAUUGGGCAAUAAGCUUGCAAAGCAUAAAGAAACCCCUGCACUGUAGUAUAACAAUACAUAUGUAGAGCUUCAGAAAACAACAGGCCAGGCUUUUACCUUGCAUGAUAAAAUCAGGACCAAUGAUUAAAUCCUGCAGACAAUAAUUCCAAUGUUGUUGUUGAAGGCAAUGUCUGUAUCUUUCACCUGCUGCUUAAUUUCUAAAAUGAGAAGUGUUGGGUUUCAA